AGCAUCCCAGAAGCUUGACCGAUCACACCGUCUGCAAACUAUCCCCCCAUUAUUACAAUGGAUUCCCCACAACAGCGCCAACUUCGCCUUCAGUAUGAAGAAUUACAUUCAAAUCACAGCCGUAACGAUGAUCAGUCGUUCGCGAGAUUGCUCCGUGAAUCUUCAGUGAGCAAAAUAAAGGAAUAUCUCGAUGGGCUCGCUGAAGCUUAUAGCCGAGUAGAAAUUUAUCCCCCACGUGUGCGUAAUGCGAAAUGGCUUCGAUUUCUUCUCAGAUAUCCUGGAGGCCGGCCUGAUCUGGUAGAGACUUACGACUUACAAGAAGGUAGCCACCUGGACCAGAAAUUUAUCAAGCUCGCCUUCUUUCAUCAACAUCCGCCUUGGGCUCAGCAAGAAGACUUAUCACACCAACGGAUGCUCGGUGCACUCCUGGCAGACUCUAUUGCCGCAGGAGAGGACCUUCUUGCUGCUGCGGUAAUCGACCCCCAGCAUGCUGAGAUCAUCAAGGCUGGUUACCGACACCCAUACUUGAGGGAUCAAACGAUUUCGCAACCGAUCCUCAAACGCCUUGACAAGGCUGCUGGAAACUGGUCUCAAACAGACCACCUCGCCCCAUUUACCUCCUUAAUCGGCCCGAGUAUGAUUGGAAAGACUCGCUUACUACAACAACUUUCGAAAAGUAUCUGCGUUGUAUACAUCUGUCUGCGCCCACAUGGUUCGAGUGGGAUGCCCCCGAGGUCUAAACUUGCCGAUGCAAUGAUUCUCGUUCAGAAGAAAGUUCCUGAACUAGAACUGGAAUAUACACGACUCCUAGCUGCGAUUUUCCAUGUGGUGGCAGAAUUUUUCUCCAGUCAACCAGCCCAGGAUGGCGAAACGAAACGACUGACGAGUUGGUUCAAAUUUAAUGAUAAAUCUGGGGAUGAGUUUGCGUCUAGAGUUGGUGAGAGACUGAAAGAAAUUUCGAAAAUCCCGACAGACGCUUCCGCCUCGCUUGUUACCAAUUUGAAGAAGCUACACAACAGUACACGCUUCAUCUGUAAUCCGCACCUAAAGGUAUUACUAGCCAUCGAUGAAGCCCGGACGCUUGUAGGGCUAGAAACAAGCGAUGAUUUGAGGAUCUCAUACUUUCGAAUCUUUUGGCGAGUUCUAGCCACGAUACCGAGUUCGCUUGGAUUCUUCGCCAUCUUUACAGACACCACAUCAACCGUCGCAGAUUUUAAUCCGACUUUGCACAAUGAUCCCAGUGCAAGACCCCCACCCGGUCGCAAGCCCAAGGAACUAUUUGCGCCUAUAUAUGACAUUGGCACCUUUGACUCAAAGGUUCCCACAUGUCCUCCCAAAACAUGGGCCGAAUUAAUAUCACCGCGACGCCUUUUCAGUUACGGUCUCCCAUUCUUUCGAAUUUAUGUCGAGGGAGCAGAGCGCAAAGGGAUACCAAUGCCUAUGAUUGUCAUGAACCUCAGAGAGAUUGCCAUUGAAAAAUUGCUAUGCCUUCCAUGUCACCCUCAAGAGCUUUCUGAGGGUCAAAUAUUUGCUUUGCUGGGUUCUACCAUUCAGCCACAGAUCUAUGAGGCUGCGAAGUUGAAUUCUGAGUUGGUUUCAAGUCAUCUUGCUCAUUGCUUGUACAUUUCACCAUCUCGCAAAAGAAUCAUCAGCAAAUACCCAUCUCAGUUUGCUUUGUCCAUGGCGGCUAACGAGUUCCUUGCAAACAAGGAGCAUAGAUUGAUUUCCUGCAUCAAGGGUCUCACUGUCAUCCUACGACAAGGACUCAUCUCCACGGGGAAUGCUGGGGAAUUGGCUAGUCGAAUCAUCUUGUUGUGCGCAAUGCACAAAGCCAUGUCGAUCUCCACCGGUCAGGCCGAUCUUCCAUAUGGGUGCUCAGUUCGAUUGGCAGAUUUCUUAUGUGCUCUGACUGGAUUGAAAAAAGAAGAGCUGGACCUCGGUGACAUAGGAGCUCAGCACAAAAACCGGCUCUUGAACCAAGGUCGAAUAUUUUGGAACCACUUUGUACAGAUUACCUAUACACCGAAUUCGGCGGAUUUUUUGGAAUUCAUGUACCAAGGUCUGGCAAUACAAUGCAAGCCCAACCAGCCGGCAUUUGACCAACUGUUUACGAUCUACCUGAAAUCGGGUCCGACAAAUUUGGUACUUGAAAAAGACAAUAUUUCAUUUUGCGGUGUACAAGCAAAGAAUGGAAAAGGUGACUUCAAGAACAAGGUUCUCAAGUGGACAGAUGAGUAUGCAGGCAUCGAAAUCAACCCACAAAAUCCAUAUCUUGUCAUUCUCUUCAGCUUCAAAACCAAAUAUACUAACCAAGAGGCACCAGUGAACCCGAAACGAGGGUCUCUAAUUUUCCAUGGCCUCGCCGAGAUUGACUGCCUGACGGCUGGGAUUUCCAACGCCUUGAAAGAACUACUAGCGGUUGAAGCAGACGUUCGGAGCUUCUACAAAGACGCACAGAUGAAAAGCUUUGUGGAGACAAUUCGCCCCGCCGUAUACCCCAUACGACACCCCAACUGUGAUCUGAGUGAAGAUUUGCACUCGAGGGAUAUUGAUUCAGACACUGUUUGCAUGGUAGAAGGAGCGGACUCUGAAAUGAACGAUUGACUGUCCAAUCUCAAACUUUUUUUUGCACUCUUUCAACUUGUCUUUUUUCAAGUAUUUACUUCAUGUCAUAGCUUCCAAUCACCUGUGUUUUUUUGCAUUCUUUGUGCUUCCCUUUGCACAUUUCACCCUUCUACAGCUAGAGGGUGCAAUAAUGGUAUGAUCUAACACUGCCAGAAA